CAUAAUUAGAGAGCGGCGGGACCCACGCGCAUCACGUGACUGACCCACACUGGCCCGUGCGAAGCGUGCCGCGGGAUAAGUGCCUUAACUCGUGCCAACUGCUACACACGCUUCCCCCGUGCGAAAUCUCCUUUUCCAUUUCCUCCGCCGCCUCGUCGCCGGCGAUUCUCCCGCCGCUUCAUUGUCCUGUUGGAACUCACGAUUUUGUUACCUUCCCCAGCUUCGUGAGUUCUAGAUGUUCUACGGUUUACUAGCCUCGUAUUUAGUUUGAUUCGUCGGAAUAUUCGUUGUUCCGACGCCUUCGGGAUCUACUGCCGGCGAGUGUGGAAUCUUUUCUGGAGGUUGUGAUACGAUAAAAGAGGCUUCUUUUACUUUUUUUCCCCACAGAUUAGGACUUUUUUGUUGACUUUGAUGUUUUUGGAUCUACCCACUAGAAACUGUGCUGACACAAACAUGCUCCUCCGAUUUCCACGAAAAUAACCAAGUGCAAAUAAACAUACGGAAAAGGUGAUGGCAGCUGAGAUGCAAAGAUUCGGCACAAGUGAAGAAGAUGAUGAUGAAAUGGAGAUGGAUGUGAAAGGUGAGGACGAUGAUAAUGACGAAGAUAGCCACCAUGAGGAGAAAGAUGCUGUAAAAUCCGUAACGGCUGGUGCAGAUGUGGGCAUGCUAUCGAGUGAUAGUAGUAGGCAUUUCCAUAACCAGGAGUAUCAAGAUCAGCCAACCCCACAAGGAGGGACUCGAAGAUGUAGGCCACAAGAAGAGAAAGAGAGAACAAAGUUGCGAGAGAGACAGCGGAGAGCAAUCACUGCAAAGAUUUUGUCUGGGCUACGUAGACAUGGUAACUAUAAUCUCAGAGUUAGGGCUGACAUUAAUGAUGUUAUUGCUGCUUUGGCAAGGGAAGCAGGUUGGGUUGUUCUUCCGGAUGGAACCACCUUCCCUUCCAGAUCUCAGGGCACGAGACCUACAUCUGGUGCACCUUAUACAAUGGUGUUGUCAUCUUCAUCACAAAUGCCAGUACAACAAACUUCUCCUACUUCAUCGAAAGGCAUUUCUCCAGGCUAUGGGAACACAGUUGAUUACAACACAUCACACACGAAAGGUGGUUGUGUUCCUACUUCAUCACCUUGUGAUGCUUCCUCAGGUGGUAGAUCUCAGACAUCGUCAAUAAUUGGGGAUGGAGGAGAUUUGCAGAGUGAUCCUCUUCUUGGAGGCUCUAUAGAUUCAGCUGAAAAGAGGCAGAUUGUUUCCAUGCCUACAAAAUUACAAGAGCGGGAUUUUGCUGGCACACCUUAUGUUCCAGUUUAUGUCAUGUUGCCGUUGGGUGUAAUCAAUAUGAAGUGUGAGCUCGUUGAUCCAGAUAAUCUUGUGAAGCAGUUCAAAACCCUGAAAUCAUUAAAUGUUGAUGGAGUUAUGGUUGACUGUUGGUGGGGUAUAGUUGAAGCGCACACACCCCAAGAGUAUAACUGGAAUGGCUACAAAAAGUUAUUUCAAGUUGUGAGGGAGCACAAUAUGAAACUACAGGUUGUGCUGUCCUUUCAUGAAUGCGGAGGCUAUGUUGGGGAUGACGUGCGUAUUCCCCUGCCUCAUUGGGUAGCUGAAAUUGGUCGAAGCAAUCCAGACAUAUUCUUCACUGAUAGAGCUGGAAGGCGAGACCCAGAAUGUCUGUCCUGGGGUGUAGACAAGGAAAGAGUUUUGAGGGGCCGGACUGCUGUAGAGGUCUACUUUGAUUACAUGAGGAGCUUUCGGAUUGAAUUUGAUGACCUUUUUGAGGAUGGUAUCAUAUCUAUGAUUCUGAUAGGACUUGGUCCAUGUGGAGAGCUGAGAUACCCGUCCAAUCCUGUAAAGCAUGGAUGGAGAUACCCUGGUAUUGGUGAGUUUCAGUGCUAUGAUCAAUACAUGCUGAAAAGCCUGCAGAAGGCAGCUGAUAUAAGAGGUCACUCGUUUUGGGCACGAGGACCGGAGAAUGCUGGUUCUUACAAUUCACAGCCACACGAGACUGGCUUCUUCUGCGACAGAGGCGAUUAUGAUGGCUAUUAUGGCAGGUUUUUCCUUAAUUGGUAUUCGCAGCUCUUGGUAGACCAUGGUGAUCGAGUCCUUUCUCUGGCCAAGUUAACUUUUGAAAGAACUUGCAUUGCUGCAAAGCUACCGGGCAUGCAUUGGUGGUACAAAACAGCUAGUCAUGCUGCUGAAUUGACGGCCGGAUAUUAUAACUCCUGCAAUCGUGAUGGUUAUGCAGCUAUAAUGUUAAUGCUUAAGAAGCACAAUGCUUCUCUGUACUUCACAUGUUCUGGAACAAGCACGGUGGAUCACCAUAUGGACAUGUCUGAGUCUCUCUCCGAUCCCGAGGGGCUAGCUUGGCAAGUUGUGAACGACGCAUGGGAUGCUUGUGUACCUGUUGCAAGCGAAACUUCUUUCCCAUGCCAUGACAGAGAGGAGUAUAAUUAUUUAUUGGAGAAGGCAAAACCCGUUGGCGAUCCAGACAGAAGGCAUUUUUCUAGUUUUACGCAUGCGAGGCUGAACCAACUUCUUGCAGAAAGACAAAGCCUGGUCGAAUUGGAAUUGUUCGUCAAGGCUAUGCAUGGAGAAAGUGUUCUUGCGCGCAAGCCGGGGACGCGUCGAGACCAACACUGACAUAGGCUUCUCAAAUGGAAACUCAGGUACACAUAGUGAUGAAAAAAUGGUUUGAGGUAAGACUAACAUUAAAUUGAAAGUGAUGAAAUAUUUGUUGGUAGGUAACCGUAGAAUGACUUUUGUAUAUUUAUGUUUUGUAUUAUUACAGUCACAGAAUAUGGAGAAUGCCAUCACAAUAUUUACUAGUAUUUAUUAUAAUUGAGGAAAUGUAUAUAUUCUACUUAUGAACCAUAUUUUCACUCUAUUUAUAUUUGUUCUUAUUUUCUUUUUCAUCCUUAUUUCAAUAAAAAGAAAUGAUAAUGUUAUCUAUA